ACCCGACCGGUUUUUGGGCCAACCCGAAAUGAUCCAACACAUUGUCCAACACAUUGUCUGAAAGAGAAGAAACAAAAGAUCCAAAAGGUUAUGGCUUUGUCUUUGGUCUCCUCUGUUUCUUAUAUACAACCCUCAAACCAGUUCCAUUGUUUCUCUCUAAGAAAAGAAAAAUCAGAACUUGAUAGAUUACUAUUGUGGAGCUCUCAUCAGAAGAAUCAUAAACUGAUUAGUAAAAGAACGUUUUCUCAGAGAUUUGCUGUGAAAACGUCUGCUUCCACUACUGUGCCUAUGAAUCUUGGCCGAGCAAAGAAGGUUUGGAUAUGGACCGAGUGCAAAGAAGUGAUGACAGUUGCGGUGGAGCGAGGAUGGAACACGUUUAUAUUCUCAUCAGACAAUCGAAAACUAUCCGAUGAUUGGUCAUCGGUUGCGUUGAUGGAUACAUUGUUCAUUGAAGAUAAGGGAGUUACUGAUGGUAGUGGAAGCAUUGUAGCUUCGGUCUUUGAGGUAUCAACACCUGAGGAGCUACAGAAGCUCAAGAUCGAAACUGAGGAGACAGAGAAUAUUGUUCUUGAUUUCUUAGACUGGAAGUCGAUCCCGGCGGAGAAUCUAGUGGCGGCUCUUCAAGGAAGUGUGAAAACAGUGUUUGCCAUUUCAAAUACUUCUUCAGAGGCGACUCUAUUUCUCGAGGCUUUAGAGCACGGUCUUGGCGGGAUCAUUCUUAAGUCUGAGGAUGUUAAAGCUGUUCUUGAUUUAAAGGAAUAUUUUGACAAGAGAAAUGAGGAAAGUGAUAUAUUAAGUUUGAAGGAAGCUACUAUAACUCGGGUUCAAAUGGUUGGUAUGGGAGACCGAGUCUGUGUUGAUCUUUGCAGCCUCAUGAGACCCGGUGAAGGUCUUCUUGUAUGUUGUUUACCUGUUGGUUCUUUUGCGAGAGGACUCUUCUUGGUUCAUUCAGAAUGCUUGGAGUCUAAUUACAUUGAGAGCAGACCAUUAAGAGUUAAUGCGGGGCCGGUGCAUGCUUAUGUCUCUGUUCCAGGUGGAAAGACUUGUUACCUUUCAGAGUUAAGAACGGGAAGAGAGGUAAUUGUUGUUGAUCAGAAAGGGAAACAGCGGACAGCGGUCGUUGGACGAGUCAAAAUCGAGAAGCGUCCACUUAUUCUAGUGGAAGCUAAGCUUAACGUAAAGGAGGAGGAAACUGUUUUUAGCAUCAUCUUACAGAACGCGGAAACAGUUGCAUUAGUCACUCCUCACCAAGAUUCUUUAUCUUAAGAGUCUCAUCAUCCUCAUUGCAAUUAGCUACUAGUUUACAUCAAAGGGUGUAUGAUGGUUAUCUAUCUUUUUCUUGCAGUAAACUCAUCUAGAAAAACUGCUGUUCCCGUGACCUCGCUGAAACUUGGGGAUCAAGUUUUGAUCAGGUUACAGGGCGGUGCACGCCAUACCGGUAUAGAGAUUCAGGAAUUCAUCGUCGAGAAUUGAUCAAACACUUUUGCGGGUAACAUUGAGACAUUCAAAUAAAAUGUUUUUGUCUCUAUUCAAUUCUUCUUUUAUGUAUAGGUCUCGCUUAUUUUGGUAGGAUACUCUUUACAUUUUCGUUAUAUAAUGACAUAAUAUAACGAAGUAGGAUACUCUUUACAUUUUCAUUAAUAUAAACGUUUAUAAUCUAUUUAUAUAACCGGUAAUGAUUUGUCUCUCCACAUGUUGUUAUUAUUCAACAAAAUAGCUUUAACCAGAAAGAAAAAUUUAAGUGAACAGCCAUGAAUCUCUCUCUGCAUUGUGUUGGUUUUGUCUGUUCUUGUAACCCUUUGUUUGUAACUAUUAUUAGGCUGUGUGAAAACGUAUAUAUACCUUUCAAAGCCCUCCAUC